GGACUCGGCGUAGCGCGCGUGAAUGAGCUUGUGUGAGAGUCCGCAAGUCUGCGCUGACUUCCUGGCGCUUGUGCUAGACUGAACGAAGCGCGGGGAUCGAUUUGGGGGACAUAGUCGAUACUUGGCAUGCUGGCGCUUGCUCUGCAGGCUUGCUCGUUGCCGCCAAAGGCAGGGCCUGCAGGGCAGUCGUCCUGAGCCGCUCGUGUUCCGAUCUGUCUGCUUCUCGCGUGCUCGGAUGCUCACGUCGACUGCUCUGCAGCACGCGAUAGCUCUUGGAGGCUCUUCAAGUCUGUCAUGGCGCCCCAGAUUGAUGCCAACUUGGCCUUUGCGAGUGUGUUCGACGUUCGACGCGCCAAGCGACGAGAGCGACUGGACUGACGAGAACAGCUCAAGGCCAGCAUCUCAUGGCCGCACAGAAGCGUCGAAGGGCGUCAACAUCGUCUGCAGCAUCACCUCCUGGGGUAGCCACGCCAGCUAUGACCGAGGUGAAGCCAGGCGUGGUGCCCAAGAUCACUUUCAAAGCCUCGAGCUUGUACGGUGCCCAGACGGGCUCAGGCCAGAGUGCACCCGCUUCUCCCGGCAAGAAGCAGACGGCCGUCACGUCGAGCAUCAGGGCGGCGCUGCUCGACAUCGUAGACAAGUUGAGCAAUCUCAGAAAUCGCAAUGGCCGCAACCUCGGGGGACCGUUCAAAGAUCUGCCGACUGCCGUCGAAGCGCCUCAGUACUAUGACGUGAUCAGGCACCCGCGCUCGCUGAGACAGAUCAAGCAAGCUGUCAAAGAGAAUCUCUACUCGGCAGCAGAGGAAGCCUAUGUCGACAUGCGCCUCGUCUGGCGAAACGCGCAGACAUACAACAACCACUCUUCGACGAUUGCAAAGGACGCAGACCGUCUUCAGGCGGAGCAAGACACGCUCUGGGCUGACCGUGUGGCUACAGGAGAGCUGCCCGUCAUCGUAGCAGACAUGUCAGACUUGCUCAACCCUUCGGCAGUCAUCGACAACAUGCGCGCUGCCGGGCCCGCUAGAAUAUACCCAUCAGACGAAGAAGAGGAUUCGGCAGGCGAUGAAGACGAUGGCGAGGCGGAUGACCGUAACUCUCGCCGCGACAGGGAAUCUGAAGAUAGACGGGAUGGUGACGGAGACGAGGACGAGUCGAUGCUGCAAGACCAGGAAGAAAAGGACGUCAAGCGAUCUGAGCGUAAAGCGAGAGAGCAGAAUGCAAAGAUCUGGGAUUCCGAGACGGGAUGGAUGACAAAUCAUGCAGAGGCAAACCGGCCUGGGUAUCAGAAAGAGAUCCUCUCGUCUAUUCUCGAUAAAGUCAUGACUUUCGAGCACCCGGCGACAAAUCGUCGAUUGGCACGCUGCAUGCUCACACUGAGCGAAGAAGCUCGAGCGCAUCCUCUCGUCAAAGGCCACCACCAGACAAUCGAUCUCAACAUUAUCUCUGCCCGACUCAAGGCAGGCUCCUAUUCGACUGCUGACCAUUUCGAUCGUGACAUGACCAAUGCCUUCGCAACGGCGCGGAAAUGGAUAUCGCCCAAAGACAGAUUAGCCUAUGGCGACACGCUAUAUCUACAGCGAAUCUAUCAGGAUUUAUCCCGGGGUGACGGAACAUCGAGACCCAUCUCAUACGAGCCCGCCGAUCUUGCUACACUGCCCGUCGCGCCUGGCACCUCGCGCGAGGUCAUGCAAGCAGCGGAGAACGGCAAUAAGGUGCUUUACAAAGAUCGCCAAGGUUUACAUGGUAUCAACUAUAAAGGCAAUACUUACGCUGCAGGCGAAUGGGUGCUUCUGCAUAAUCCACUCUAUUCUCAUUUGCCUAUCGUGGCGCAGAUCUUCAAGAUGUUCGUCGAUCGCCGCUCGUCUCGCAGAGUGCUCGAGCUCUGCUAUUACUAUCGACCAGAGGAGACGGUUCAUGCGCCCAAUCGCGUCUUCCUUGCAGACGAAGUCUUCAAGACGUCGACCUUUUUCAAUAUCAACAUCGAAGACGUGCUCGGGCGCUGCAUGGUCAUGUUCCUGACUCGCUAUAUCAGAGGCCGUCUGCAGGCUCCCUUGUGGACGCCAGACAUACCCUUGUACGUUUGCGAGCACCGAUACAAAGACGACAAAGAGCAUACCUUCAAGAAAAUAAAGAGUUGGGCGUCUUGCGUCUGCGAGGAAGCGCGCAAGGUGGAUCUCGUCUAUCAGACCGAUCCGCCGGUCUCCGUGCGCAGGGUUGCGUCUCCCUUUCUGAGCGGAGUAGAAGGUCCCGGCCAUCUCGGCGCGGCCGAUCCUAGCGAAGAGGAAGAUCAGUUGAGAUACUAUGCACCAGUGGACAAGACUGGCGCGCCCCGGCUGCCGCCCCCAAUGAUUGGUCCAUCGACACCCUCUGAUCAAGGGAUCGCUGGCCCGUCAACUAAUCGGCCGAAGAAAUAUCGAACGAAGCGAACGAUCGAGCGAGAACUGCUGGAACAGCAAGCGCGUGCCCGAGGAGACCUGCCUGCGACCCCGCAACCGCCGAUGCAAAGCCCUCAGCCUCAGCCUCAACCUUCGCCGAUGCCUACUAGCUUUGCAACCCAGCCAUCCCUCUCGUCAUCAUAUCCCAGCCCGCGUGCCAUUGCGCCGCAGUAUGCUAUCACGCCACAGACGCCGCGAGCUCCCGAGCCUGUCGUCUCACCGGCAGACGCAACACCUUUGCCGGCGCCUCAGCCGGUCAAGACUGAGAUCAUCACAGACGCAGACAAGGCCGUAGCCGAAGAUCGCUUCGCAGUCAUGCCUGCUGAGUUGGCUUCGCUAUUCCGAACAGAUCCUUUCUCGGGCGAUCUGAUUUGGUACACGACUCCGGCCCAGAUCAGAAUACCUCCAAAGAGGCCGUUUCACUCUCUUGCGUAUCUCGAGCACCUUGCGCGUCAGAGAGCCAAAAAGCAGUAGGUCUUGAGGCUGUACUAUCGGAUGCAUUCGUAGAGCCCCAAGCCGAGCAGUAUAGCGAUAAGUCGGCCGGCGUUGAAAGUCAUGAGACUGAGCAUCAGAGAAUAUUGUAAUAAGCCUUGCAGCACGGCUAG